ACACACAUACACACGCACGCACACACACACACUUGUGUACCCAUGGGGAGCCGCCCGACCCCUGGGCUCCAGAGAACCACAUCAGCUGGGUACCGACUGCCCUCCAUCAGGCCACCAGCCUCAAUCUCCCCGACUGCCCGCCGUGGCCCCGUGGCAGGAAGGGGUCUUGCUGGUGGCCGCCAGGCCCCCCAGGACCUGGAGGCCAAGCGGGCACCCCUGGGAGCAGACAACGUGCAGCAGGACCAGCUGUGGAGGGAGCUCCUGGAGGCCGAGAGGCGGAGUCAGCGGCGCUGGGCUCAGAAUUGGAGUUUCCUGAAAGACUAUGAUCCCAUGGGCAAUAGGAAGGAGCCUGUGAAGCUGCCGGAGUACGUGCCUCUCUUUUCGGACACGGUCCCCAAUUCCACGAACCAGGCUGUGGGCAGCAGGGUGGACACGCCCCAGGGGAAAACCCUCAUCAGCAUGGACUUCUUCUUCGUGGAAGGCGUCCGGAAGAAGAAGCUGGAAGAUGAGCUGCAGCCCAUCUAGGAGGAGGAGGGCCCAGCGGCGGCCCCAGGGGCUGUGGGGAAAGUGGGGUGGUCUGCUCUUGAGACCACUCGACUUUUCGAAGACAGGAUCUUCAGGGCAGCCAAUGUCAAGAAGAUGCUCCUGCACUUAGCUACUCAGCUG